GCAGCAGCAGCAGCUCUGCCCUCAGGGCUUUUUUCUCCCCGACGUCGACCAUAACUAACAAUUUGGAUUCAGCGCGCGGAUGAGGGCAAUUACUGGACUUAAUCUAUCAUAAUGUCUCCUUUCCGAUCGACCGAUAAUCAAAUGAGUUAAGCAAUGGCUGCAGAGAUCUGAGUUCCCCUCCGGGUGGCUUGAAGUGGCUGUUUAAAUGAAUCCCAACUAACGAGAGAAAAAGAGCACUUUCGUUUCCCCGAGACGCAGAUCGGUGGAUACCAUGCACGCACUGCUGGAUUUAACACUCAGAAAGCCGCUGGGGUUCCUGCAGGACUCCCAGAGUCGCGGAGAGCCCAUGCAGUCGCCAAGGGAGAGGAGUGAAGUGCGACCCCGAGCUGGAUGGAUGGUUAUGGGGAAAAGAGGAAGACCCUCGGCGCUUGACGUGUGCAGAGUCCUUGCGGUGUUUCUCUCCCUCCUCCCCUCCGCGACUCUGCAGUGCAAGAUCCUCAAGUGUAACUCUGAAUUUUGGGCCUCCACCUCAAACUCUGGACCAGAGGAGGAGUUUUGCACCGCGCUGCGGGCAUACAACAGUUGUGUACGCCGGACUGCGCGUACCUGCAGGGGGGACUUGGCAUACCACUCCGCCCAGCAUGGCAUAGAGGAUCUCAUGAGCCAACACAACUGCUCCAAGGAGGGGCCCACUUCCCAACCUCGUGCCCGCACCCCACUUCCUCCUCCGCCCCCGCCGCUCCUGCCCGACAGCCAGGAACGCUCAGAUGGCCCCGAAGUGUGCCACUAUGAGCGCAGUCUUCCACGCAACACAGCGCCGCCCAACUACACCCACUGUGGCUUCUUUGGAGACCCACACCUCCGGACAUUUGGUGACGACUUCCAGACGUGUAAGGUGGAAGGAGCCUGGCCACUCAUCCACAACAAAUACCUGUCCGUCCAGGUGACCAACACACCUGUAGUGCCGGGGUCUCUGGCCACCGCCACGAGCAAGCUGACAAUCAUCUUUAAGAACUUCCAGGAGUGUGUGGAUCAGAAGAUGUAUCACGCAGAAACAGAUGAGCUGCCAGCUGCGUUUGCAGAUGGCUCAAAGAACGGAGGGGAUCGCCACGGGGCCAACACCCUACGCGUGGUGGAGAAGGUUCCCGGGCAGCACGUGGAGAUUCAGGCCAGGUACAUAGGAACAACCAUAGUGGUGCGGCAGGUCGGCCGCUACCUGACCUUUGCUGUGCGGAUGCCGGAGGAAGUCGUAAACUCGGCCGAGGAAGGUGAUAACCAGGACUUGUACCUGUGUCUUCACGGCUGUCCCGCCAACCAGCGCAUCGACUUCAGGAACUUCAAGGCUCGAGCAGCGGAGGCCCACAGCGCAGGAAGGAGCAGGAGCGGCACGGCGGCACACGGCUUCACCUAUCAGUCCGCCAAAGCCAAGUGCAAAGAGCGGCUACCAGUGGAGGACCUGUACUUUCAGUCCUGCGUGUUUGACCUCCUCUCCUCUGGAGACAUAAACUUCACCAUGGCAGCCUACUACGCCUUUGAGGAUGUGAAAAUGCUCCACUCAAAUAGCAAGAGAUACCACAUCUUUGAAAAGGAUGCUUUUACGGGAAACGCAGCACAGAUGGGCAAAGAUUUCCCGUCACUCCUCUUCAUUAACCUCCUUGCUGUCUUAUUGUGGAUUGAGUGUUGCACAGUUCAUCUAUAGUCCCUUUACAACAGUGUCGUCAUGGUGCAUCUGUCAGUGAGUGUUAGUACCAUCGCUGUGUCGUCCAUCGGCUUCUCUCCUCUGCUCCGGCUCUGUGAUGUGACCGUUGGUUUGCCAGCAGGGCCGUCGCAGCCCUCAUUUUAGUAGUAUUGUCAUGUCUUGACUUCAGUCUGAUGACGAGGCGAGGUCACCGUGCUCCCACCUAUCAUCACAUGUGUUUAGCUGCUUCAUGGGACUGGUCUUUGAUGAGAGCAGCGGUGAGAGAGCCCAGCCACUCCAGAGCUCAGGAUAUCCACCUGGGAUUAAAUCCCACAUUCUCAGCGGCCGUGCAUACCUAUGGGAAGCCGGACAAGAUGAUCUUUUGCAGAAAGAAGAGUUUGCUGAUCCUCCCUCCCCCCCGAUCCACUCAUUGGUGCCAAGCCAGUGAAGCUCUCCGUGGCUCAUGUGGCAGAGCGGGAGGACCUGACAGGGGCUUUUGUUAACCUAAGGCCAGAAGCAGCUCUAUGUUUGAUUAGUUUCCAGCUUUGGAAAAGCCUGAGCCUUUUGGAGGAAACACUCAGCCAAAAGGAUGUCAGAGCAGCGUCUCCAGUUGUCUGCUGUGGAGAUUAAUGGGUCAUAUUGUUAGGUUGUGUGUGUGUGUGUGUGUGUGUGUGUGUGUGUGUGUGUGUGUGUGUGUGUGUGUGUGUGCGCGCGCGCGCGUUAGUGCAACAUGUGUGCAGAAUUCAGCGUCAGUGGUUAAUUUUGCGUGUUUGAGGGUGCAGGAGUUCGCAGAAACAAGAUCGCUAAUCUCCAGUGGGAGAAACCUUUCCCAUGUUUUUUCAGUUGCACCCAAAAAAUUAGCAGAAAUAGAAAAGAUGAGGCGCUCCAACGGUCUGUCAAAACGACCCCUUAUCAGCCAAGUAGCAACUCCCAAAAGAGAACUGAUAAAAAUAAUCUCUUUUCAUUUUUCAUAAAGACUUCCAGUCUAUUGUUGGAGCUGUUGAUCAGACCGUGUUUUGUAUCUGUGAUGUGAAUGUAGCUGACAAGAAAAGCAACAGAAUAAACUUAGCUGAGGGCACUUCAUAGCGUUUACAGAAUGUAGAUCAACCAAUCAAACUGAGACACCUCUUUGAUAGCAGUUUGUAAAUUUAAACUCCAUUUCGAGCCGCAGUGGUGUAGAUGCUGUUAGUAUUAGCUAUAAAGACGUCACCUCCAGUCACUUCAGCGCUUUAUAGACUCGCAGUGUGCUGACCUGACUGUGGCUCGGUGCGUAAAUGAUAAGCAUAUGUCUGUAGACGUGAUUUCAUGGCUUAAGUCAUUGCCAAAGAACAAGCCCUUGUGCCAACAUUUCCCUUACUACUAAAUUUCCAGCUUUCAGUCUUAAAUAUUCACACUGGGGGGGGGGGGUUCUUAACAGUAUAUAACUGGUGUUUGUGGGUGAAUUUGCAGUACAGUAACACACUGUAAACGCAGCGUUAGUUUCCGUUUUAGCACUCUCACCUUUGCUUUUCUUGUGUUUCAUGAUAACACUUUCCAUUUGAACUUUGGCUGCAGUACCUGCUAAUGUGUAAGUCCUCCCUGUUACUCCUCGGGCACACUUUUUCAGUCAUUUAUCCUUUACACUGAAGUAUUCGGCAGGCCUUACUACUGCUAUUUGGAACAUGUAAUGGUGCAGUUUGACUAAAAAGAAAAAAGAAAAUCAUACAAACAAGUGAUUGUAAUGUUGAAUCUUGUGUUAAUAGAUGUAAUUUGUGUUGUGAGUUUUACAGUAUAUGGUUCUACAAGUGAAAUGUGAGAUUGUACAUACGUUUUGUGAGUUUAAAAUUUGUAUAUUACCAGUUGUGUUUUGAAUCUAUCACUCCUGUUUUUUGUACAUCAGAUGUUUUGGUGAAUGUGAAACUUUUUUUUUAAUUUGAAAAGGGAUUUUUUGCAGAAGCAUGAACACCACAGAACAAACUAGUCUUUACUUUGUACAGUAUACUAGCCUGGAGGACGUGAUAACACGCUGGUUGUCAUCACUUGAUGUAAACCAUCCUGAAUGCAGCCCACCUCAUUUAGAAAGGGAAUGUAGGAACAUGUUCUGGGGUGCUCAUGUUUCUGAGUUUAAAGCACUUUAUGUUUUCUUUAUCCAUUUAGCUCUUAUUUUGUUUGUGUCGGACUUGUAAUGGUAGAAAAGAGUUUAAAAAUAAUAGCUGAAUGGGAAAUGCCAGAAAGAUCAAACUGUAUUUGUAUGUAAAGCAAUUGUGGUGCCACACACCAGCUGUUUAUAAUGUAAAUUAUUUAUUGAAUUAAAGAAAAUGUCUUGUUAAUGAG